AUGUCCUCGUCGCCCAAUACAACAUGCCUUGCAGGAGCUUGGAGAACCCCCCGGAGAUAUGCCCUCCCACUUCCGAAUGCCGCAUGGUGCGUCUUCAAGAGUAUCACAACACCUGCGAGCACGCACAGGGCACCUAUGAACCAAUCGUCUGCCAACCAGGAUAUUACUGUUCCUUGGGAGGACAGACCAAGACUCUAUGCCCCAAAGGGCACUAUUGUCCACUGGGAACACUUUUUGCUGGACAUUGUGGUGGUUCUUGUGGUUGCGCGACCAUUUCUCUCGGGUUGGAUAUCCUACCUUCGGCGUGGGAAGUUGAAUAUUGGAGCGAGAUCUCGGGGGCAGCUUGAGCCAGACUCGGAGAAGGCAACAAAAUGCAGAGGAAAGAAUACACCUGCGGUCCACAUCGAUACAAACCUUGAUAUCAGUCGGUUCUUCAACCCAACCGGUUCUCGUUCCGCAUUUACUGGCAAUGAGGUGGUCUUCCGCGGCCUCAGUAUGCGUCCGACUGGGUCUGAUAUCGAGACAUUGUGCCCCCAGGAUGGCGUUAUCCCCGCUGGCUGCUUCUUGGGAGUGAUGGGGCCGUCGGGGUCUGCAACCCUCGUUAACAUACUAACCGGUAGGGUCAAACCGACUACCGGAUCAAUUCUCAUUGAUGGCCAUGCGACCCAAGCAGCUGAAUUACGCGAUGUCCUGGCACUCGUCCCACAAGACGAUAUCAUCCUCCCCGAUAUGACUGUUCGAGAAAAUAUCCUACACUCAUCCCGGCUCCGAAUCGGGGGAUCCUGGAAAGACAGUGAGAUCCAAGAAUUUAUCGACCACCUGAUAUCAAGGCUGGGGCUCGAUCAUGUAUGUGAUCGACUCGUGGGCGAAGUGGGCGAAAAGGGAAUCUCCGGGGGGGAGCGGAAGCGCGUCAACAUUGCCCUAGAGCUGGCUGCCGCGCCCAGUAUCAUUGUCUGUGAUGAGCCAACAUCUGGCUUGGACGCAAAAAGCGCAUUCUCACUGAUAAAUCUGCUCAAGUCCUUGAAAGAGUACAGUGUCACUGUGAUUUGCGUGCUUCAUCAACCAAGACCCGAAAUAUUUGCGUCUCUUGACAAUCUACUGCUAUUGGACUACGGACGACAAAUUUAUUUUGGCGCGGCCGCCGCCGCGCAGCAGUGCUUUGAGGAUGCAGGGCAUCAUUUCCCUACAUCAGUCAAUCCAGCCGAUGCGAUCAUAGACAUCAUAUCAUCCCAUGAUAAGAUUAACAAAAUUCAAGCCUCAAAAAGCGUUUCUGAGUCGGCACAACAUAAUUCGCCCUCCUCAUUACAAUCCAUCAAGCUAAGACGUGCGCCAUGGUAUCGUCAGGUGCUCUUGACCUUGUUGCGAGGCCUGAAACAACAAACAAGACAGUAUCCCAGCUUCAUUCUCGAAAUUUUGACCGGAGCAGGUACAGGCCUUUUGAUAGGGAUGUCCAAUUAUGAAUUCAAUGGACACCUGUUCCAGGGCUUGUUCCAUCCCCCAUUUCAACCCUUAUCAAGUCCUGUGAGCUACCGCCUUCUGACAGAGCAGGGGUGUGCGGCUGGUCCAGCAGGUGUCAGAACUUUCGGCGACGAGAGUGCGUACUAG